CUCUAACCAGCAGAGACAUGAGAAAUCUAUUAAACAUGAUCUGCCUUAACUAUUUCACUUAGGUGGUAAAAUGAACUCCCCAUCGAUGUCAGAACACAGAAGUUACUGGCUGUCUUCAAAUUACAGUGACAUGGCAGAAUGUAACAAUCCAGAGAUGGCCUUGUCUUUACUAGAGUCAAACCCAAACUCAGGAAGAGUUGAUACAUUGGUGAAAAUUAAGGAUAGAGGCCAGUGGUCAAGUAAAGUUGAAUUUCUUCUGGCAGUUGCUGGACAAAUCAUUGGCCUAGGAAAUGUUUGGAGGUUUCCUUACUUGUGCUACAAGAAUGGAGGUGGAGUGUUUUUAAUACCAUAUUUGGUCUUCCUGUUUGCCUGUGGCAUUCCACUGUUUCUCCUGGAGAUAUCAUUGGGUCAAUAUACCAGUCAGGGUGGCAUCACCUGCUGGAAGGAAAUUUGCCCUUUGUUUCAAGGCUUGGGGUAUGGAACCAUGGUGGUCCUGUUGUAUUCCUGCAUCUACUACAUUAUCAUUAUGGCCUGGGCAUUCUUCUAUCUUUUUUCUUCUUUUAGUACCGAGUUACCCUGGGCUAGCUGCAACAAUUCUUGGAACACUGAACUUUGUGUUGAAUUUGAUAAAAAGAAGGAUUUUAACAACUUGACUAUACCAGAAAACGCAACUUCACCAGUUCAUGAGUUCUGGGAGAGGAGAGUGCUAAAUCUCACUGGCAAUGUACAUGAGCUAGGCAGUAUAAGGUGGGAGCUGGCUGCGUGUCUCCUCUUGUCUUGGAUCAUCUGCUACUUCUGUGUUUGGAAAGGAGUGAAGUCUACAGGGAAGGUGGUCUAUUUCACUGCUACGUUUCCUUAUGUUAUGUUGAUGGUGCUUUUGGUGAAUGGGCUCAUGUUGCCGGGAGCUGCUGAUGGUAUCAGGUUUUACCUCUACCCAGAUUUUACACGUCUCAAAGACCCACAGGUGUGGAUGGAUGCUGGAACUCAAAUUUUUUAUUCUUAUGCGCUCUGCAUGGGCUGCCUCACUGCUCUCGGAAGCUACAACAAGUACAACAACAACUUAUACAAGGACUGUAUUUAUCUGUGCCUGUUGAACAGUGGGACCAGUUUUGUGUCUGGCUUUGCCAUAUUCUCUGUGCUGGGCUUCAUGGCUUAUGAGCAGGAGACAGAUAUAUCAACAGUAGCAGAGUCAGGUCCAGGGUUGGCCUUUAUUGCAUACCCCAGGGCAGUAGCGAUGAUGCCUGCUCCACAACUAUGGGCCAUUUGUUUUUUCUUGAUGAUAGUUUUGCUAGGCUUAGAUACUGAGUUUGUGGGCCUGGAGACAUUUAUGACAGCUAUAACUGACCUGUACCCCUCCUACUUACUCCUUGAUUAUCGGCGUGAACUCACCCUGCUCUUUAUCUGUGUUGGGAGUUUCCUCAUUGGGCUGGUUAUGGUAACAGAGGGUGGCUUGUAUAUUUUCCAGCUGUUUGAUUACUAUUGCUGCAGUGGGAUGACACUUCUUUUAUUCGCCAUUCUGCAGUCAGUGUGUAUAGGGUGGGUGUAUGGGGCUGAUAGCAUGUAUAAUAACAUUGAGGACAUGAUUGGUUAUCAACCAUGGUUCUUAAUAAAAUACUCUUGGAAAUACAUCACUCCUCUAGUCUGCACUGGUACACUUGUCUUCUCUCUGAUGAAAUUCACUCCUCUGAAGUUUAACAAUAUAAUUGAAUACCCCUGGUGGGGCUAUGCUAUUGGCUGGUACUUCACACUCUCUUCAACUCUACUGGUCCCUCUUUGGAUGAUCUAUGCUCUCCUCACGUCCAGUGGCUCAUUUAAGCAGAGAUUGCACAUUCUCUGCACCCCAGAAAGAAAACUUCCCCGGAAAAACUACCCAGGUUUUAUUGGCUUAACAACUGUACCACCAGGGCAAGCAGAUCUUUGAAGUGAAAGCACAGUGGUUGAUUUAGGGCACUUGUCCACUGUGGGGGAACUAUUUGUCUCCUUCUACAUAAAUUUUACACACAUUUGCAUUUGUUAAGGAAUUUCAUGCUAAAUUUUAAAUAUUAUAUUUUAAGCUUCUUUGUGUAAGCAAGUCCAGAUAAACCCAAUGAAUGGAAUUAAGUUUUUGUUUUUGCUAACUAAAAAUGUAGGCCAAUACUAGAUCAAAUCAUCACUUUGUACAUAAAGUAUAUUUGAUGGAUUGACAGUAGAGGCAAUGUUUCAUUUUUAGAAUUGCUUGUUUUAUGACAGUGUAAUAGCCAGUGCUUGUAAACUAAUU